CAGAUCAUAGUGUUUAGUCAUGUGAACAGCGCUGUAUUUAAAGUCGGUAAACAACAAGUUGGAUUGAUGGUCGGAAUUGCACUUUUACACCAUUUGGCAAGGCUCCAAAAUCCAUCAUGGAUCAAACAACGCAAGUGAAGAGGAUAAUAGAGGCUGGUUGCCAACCAGAAGACUGGCUGGUCUACAUCAACAUGCUUGUGAAGGAUACGCAGUUAUCUAAUAUCACUAAUAGAUAUAGAUUACUGUGUAGUGCUUAUAACAACGCUCUCAAACUUAUCGACUUGGAAAAGAACAAUAAGAAUCCAGCAUAUGCUCAAAUUUGUAUUAACUUUGCAAAGUUGAAAAUGACCCAUGAUUUUGACGAUGCUCGGGUGGUUUUCAAAUAUGCCAGAGCAAAUAUCAAAACUCUCGCUAUUGUCCAUGUAGAAGCUGCCCAGCUGGAGCUCACUAGAGGAGAUGAAGACAAAUGUUUGGACAUCUUAAAGAAAGCACGGAAUCUAAAAUGUGAACCGACUCAAAUGGUUGAAACAGCCAUGGAACGAUUUAACAAAGGUCUAAGUAGUCUACAAGCUGACAAUGAGUUUACCAUCCCAUUUUCUGAUCAUACUAAGGAGCAGAAUACAUCUGAGUCUCGAUCGUUCUAUACAGGGGUGUCCGUUACUCAGAGUGCAUCUAAGAUUAAGAGAUUGAAUACUCUAUCAACACCGGAUUGUAAGAGUUUACCUGUUCCUGUCAGUGCUAGUGUUGGAGCAAGUGCAAGAGGGAAAAACAGGCCAAAUUAUGGACUACCACAGAGAGUGAAGCGCAGAGUUUUGCAAGUGACUGAGGUACCUCCAUCGAACCCUGAUGAUAGCGAUGAUGAUUAUCCAUUGUCAGACAUCAAACCACUCGAGAAGACAACGCCUCCAAUCUCCGAUAAUCUCAAAAUUGAACGUCUUGCUUCUAUUGUUGAAUCACCUAAAGUUGAUUCGAGUGAUUCUGGUGUUGCGAUGAUGGAAACACCUUCAGUAGAGAAACCACAUUUACCCUCCAACAAUUUCAGUUUAGACACCCCCAUGCAGAAAAGUGUACCAUCCCAGAUUGCGCAUCCACGAACGGACAUUGAGCAGUUCCAUAAGAGUGGUAGAGGGGUGAGCCAAGAGACUGAGGAGCUACAACACAAUGGAUCAGUAAAGUCUGAAAGUUUGAAGCCACAGAGUUUAUUCAACCCAUCAUCAAAUGGAACGGUCCAACCACCAUCAACAAAUGGAAUUGUCCAGCCACAACAGCCACAACAGCGUCAAGCUCCCCCUGUUGCUAAUGGAUCGUGCCAUCAGCCGCAACCCGUUAGCGUUGUACCACAAAAUUGUGUUCCUCAGUACAACCAAAUGAACCCUGCUAUGAUGCCAGUACAGACUGUCCAGAGAAAAGAUGUCAUAACAGUCAACAAGAUUAACUAUCGAAUACUGAGAGUAGUUGGCAAAGGAGGCUCUUCCAAGGUAUAUCAAGUUUUCAGUGAAAGUAAGAAGAAGGUUUUGGCCAUCAAGUACGUGACAUUAGAAUGUGCAGAUCAGAUGACAAUACAAGGCUACAUGAAUGAGGUCACAUUACUUCAGAAACUACGCAAGAGUGCAAACAUUAUUCAUCUCUAUGAUUAUGAGAUAACAGAUUCUCACAUCUACCUUGUAAUGGAAUGUGGAUCGAUUGACUUAGCUUCAUUCUUAAGUACCAAGAAGAUUAAUGCUCAAGAUAUGAAGUUUUACUGGAGGGGAAUGUUAGAUGCUGUGGAUGUCGUACACCAAGCAGGUAUUGUCCACAGUGACUUGAAGCCCGCUAAUUUCCUGUUUGUUGAGGGUGCUUUAAAGCUGAUAGACUUUGGUAUUGCUAAUGCUAUCCAGACUGAUAAAACCAGCGUGAUUAGAGAGUCACAGAUUGGAACCCUUAACUACAUGUCACCUGAAGCCAUUCAAGAUGUCUCGGCAACACCUAGCGCUGGUGGGCAACGGAGACCGAAACUUAAGAUAAACUGCAAGAGUGAUGUAUGGUCUUUAGGGUGUAUCUUUUACUACAUGGUGUAUGGCAAGACACCAUUCCAGCACAUAACAUUCAGUUUAAUGAAACUACAGGCCAUCUGUGAUCCAAGGCAUGUGAUUGAGUUCCCAGCCGUUGAUAACCCUCACCUCCUGGAUUUACUCAAGAAAUGUUUACUUCGUGACUCAAGAGAAAGGCCAUCAAUUCAAGAACUGAAGAAACAUCCAUACUUCCAAGCAGAUCCACCCCCUCCACCAGAACCGAGUCAGUCAAAUGUUCCUAAUCUGACAGAGGAACACUUGAAGAGUUUAAUAUCCCAGUUACAUGUUAGUCAUGCUCAACUCAACUCACCAACGAGUAUAUCAGCUGUCUCAAAGACUCUGAUGGAGCAGCUACAGUCCGGUCAGCAAUUGGAUAUCUCAACUGCUUUGAGACAUAAACCCAGGAAUUACCACCCAGUUCUACAACAGCAUCCUCCUAAGCCUCCACCUCCUCUUCCAAUUCAGUCUCAUCCAGCGCUUCGAUCUCAACCUUCUCUUCUACCUGCCCAGUCUUGUCCUCAAGUCAUCAGAAUGCCGUUACAGAUUGUACAAAUGGAAGAGAUUCAACAUGCUCAGUCUGCUCUACAACCACUCUGUAGCUCUAAGAAUAUCAAGUAUAUGAAACAAGAAAGUCAAGAAAAGGAAAAUCGUGAUUUGGAAUCUGUUCUGAGAAGUCAACUUGCCAACAAAUAUCAGAACGCAAUCCCCGUUCAAAACACAGAGGAACAAACAUAUGAGCAAACUUGGGGAACAGAAACUUUAAAGUAAUCGGACUGCAUGGCUUCACUAACAAGAACAAUAAAGUAACUGAUUUCCAUGGCAACAUAUAAAUAACCAUUUCAAAUAUCAAAUGUAUAGAUCUUGUAACAUUGGAUACAAAAUAGAUACAGCUCUUUUUUAACUAGAUUUAACUUCUGUUUUGAUAACAAAAUAUAAAUCAUGUCUGAUUUAACAUUCUUGAAAAAUUGCUAAUAAUUUAUAAUGACAGUUCUUGUAGCUUUUAGAACUUGGCAUUGAAUAACUGACUUGAUGGACUUUUUGGUUCUGAAUUACAGUCCAGCAGAAUAAAAAAUGUUUGCACUCAUACUUAGCCUGGUUAUAAAUAAAUGUGCACUCAAAGAAUGAACCUUACACAAAAAUGACAACUCUAUGUUGUAUUAAUUUUUGUAUUUUCUUGCAUAUCACAGAAAAAAAAAAUACCUGGUAUGAACUGUAAACAGUCACCUAUCAGACAAAAAUUAAACUAUGAUUUUUAUCCUUAAUCCUCUAAAAUACCUAUAAAUACAGUCCUUGAAUACUUUCGCUUUCAUGUAAAUACUGCAGUGAUGGCGUGGAUGUCAAGCAUUAAUUGUUUUCUAGUUUGUCCAAUAUUUGAAUCUUAUCAUACAUGGCUGAGUAGAUUUGUGGGUGCAAGACAGCACAGCCCUACCGAAUCGGGUUAUGGAUGACACUAUAUGCCAAGGUUUCAGACAGUGUUGUCCUGCAAUACCAGUAGCAAACCAGUACAAUGCUUAAAGGCAGUGGACACUAUUGGUAAUUGUCAAAGACUAGCCUUUACAGUUGGUGUAUCUCAACAU